AUGUCCACCAGGAUACUCUUUUCAACGAUAAGAAGAUGUCACUGGUUGAACAAGGGAUUUGCAGUUGUCCCAGUGAGAUACUAUGGAGAUAUUCCAAAAAUAUAUCGCCCGUAUGGAAAAACAGGUUACGGAAACUAUGGAUCAACACUCGGAAAACAAAAUGUUGGAUAUGUCGAACCAGUGCGAGAACAGAUUCUCAGUUUGGCCAAAACAAUUCCUUUCACUGACAAGGACUCGGUCUUCAACAUUGCCGACUAUGGUGCAGCUGAUGGUUCUACUGCGAUGGCCAUUUCCGGUGAGUUCCUGGCAAAUCUGAAAGAUCAUCAUGGCCCCAACACCCAGUUCCAGGUGAUCUAUGAAGACUUGGAAAUGAAUGAUUUCAAUUCCCUCUUCAAACGUAUGUCAGGAAUCAUCCCUGAUCCACCGUCCUACCUCCAGGAAAUGGACAAUGUCUGUGUUCUUGUUUCUGGGACAAACUUCUACAAGCAGUGUGUACCUUCAAACUCUAUCCAUUUCAUGAUGUCAAUGACGUCUGUUCAUUGGUUGUCAAGGACUGCAACCACCUUCAAAGACUCAAUUUACAAAGAUGCCAAGAGUAGUACUGAGGAGACAGCUGCACUAAACAAGCAAGCCGAGUUGGACUGGGAGAUGUUUUUACUGAGAAGAAGUAGAGAACUGAAACGGGGAGGCUUACUUGUCGUAGGUACCUGCGCUGAGUUUGAGGACAGAAACACUGGAGAAAAUAGAUACAUUGUGCAAUCGUUUAUAGGUGUGUACUGGCUGAGGUAUGGAAGGAAUACAGUAUAA